CGCCUCGCUUGCCUUCCAGCUGCGUCCGCCGCUGUCCUGCCUGCCUGCCCCGGUGUCUGCUGCACACUCUGCCCCGCUCCCUCCCCCGGACCCGAAGCCUCCUGCCUGCCUUUCCUCCCUCCCUCGUUCCCGCAACCCCUGGCCCCGGUGAACGACGGCCAGCAUGACGGGCAUCGCCGCUGCGUCCUUCUUCUCCAACUCCUGCAGGUUCGGGGGCUGCGGGCUCCAGUUCGAGUCCCUCGCCGAGCUCAUCGUCCACAUCGAGGACAAUCACAUCGAUACGGAUCCUCGUGUCCUGGAGAAGCAAGAGCAACAGCAGCCCACCUACUUGGCCCUCAGCUACAUCAACAGGUUCAUGACGGACGCGGCGCGCCGCGAGCAGGAGACCAUGAAGAAGAAGGCCGCGCCCAAACUGUCGCUGUCCAUCACAGGCGCCGUGUCCAGGAACAGCACGGCCACGCCCCCUCGCCACACCAGCGGCAACCUGACGCCGCCCGUCACGCCCCCCAUUACCCCCUCGUCCUCCUUCCGCAGCAGCACACCGACAGGCAGCGAAUAUGACGAGGAGGAGGUGGACUACGAGGAGUCGGACAGCGACGAGUCCUGGACCACAGAAAGCGCCAUCAGCUCCGAGUCCAUCCUCAGCUCCAUGUGCAUGAACGGAGGCGAGGACAAGCCCUUUGCGUGCCCGGUGCCAGGCUGCAAGAAGAGAUACAAGAACGUGAACGGCAUCAAAUAUCACGCCAAGAACGGCCAUCGCACACAGAUCCGCGUGAGGAAACCCUUUAAGUGUCGCUGUGGUAAAAGCUACAAGACGUCGCAGGGCCUCAGGCAUCACACCAUCAACUUCCACCCGCCCGUCUCCGCCGACAUCCUGCGCAAGAUCCAAGGAUGAAGGCCACACACACACACACACACACACACACACACACACACACACACACACACACACACACACACACACACACACACACACACACACACACUCAAGUGCAUGCUUUAAUUUUCUUUACUUUUUGUAUCCAUCACUUGUACUCGCUAAAGUAUAUCUUUGUAGUAUUUUUAUUGUACAUUUGCACAUUCCUUUAUGCAAUCAUCUGUUUUUGAUGAAUAAUUUGACUUGCAUAAGGUGCUAAGGAAAGAAGGAAAGGAAGGAAGAAGAAAGGAAGGAAAAAGUUGUCGAUCCAAACAAAGCAGGAAGUUUGGAUCGACAACUUUUUGUUGCGCAAGUAAGUUAUAUAUUUGACAAACAUAUAUUGUUCCAUAAACAGUAGCAGUGUGUGUAUAUAUAUAUAUAUAAAUAUAUAUAUACAAACCCCGUUUCCAUAUGAGUUGGGAAAUUGUGUUAAAUGUAAAUAUAAACGGAAUACAAUGAUUUGCAAAUCAUUUUCAACCCAUAUUCAGUUAAAUAUGCUACAAAGACAACAUAUUUGAUGUUCGAACUGAUAAAACUUUUUUUUUUUUGCAAAUAAUCAUUACCUUUACAAUUUGAUGCCAGCAACACGUGACAAAGAAGUUGAGAAAAGUGGCAAUAAAUACUGAUAAAGUUGAGGAAUGCUCAUCAAACACUUAUAUGGAACAUCCCACAGGUGUGCAGGCUAAUUGGAAACAGGUGGGUGCCAUGAUUGGGUAUAAAAGCAGCUUCCAUGAAAUGCUAAGUAAUUCACAAACAAGGAUGGGAUGAGGGUCACCACUUUGUAAGCAAAUUGUCGAACAACAUUUCUCAACGAGCUAUUGCAAGGAAUUUAGGGAUUUUACCAUCUACGGUCCGUAAAAUCAUCAAAAAGUUCAGAGAAUCUGGAGAAAUCACUGCACGUAAGCGAUGAUAUUACGGACUUCUGAUCCCUCAGGCGGUACUGCACCAAAAACUGACAUCAGUGUGUAAAGGAUAUCACCACAUGGUCUCAGGAACACUUCAUUUAACCACUGUCAGUAACUACAGUUGGUCGCUACAUCUGUAAUUUCAAGUUAAAACUCUAAUAUGCAAAGCCAAACCCAUUUAUCAACAAUAUCCUGAAACACCGUCAACUUGGCUGGGCACGAGCUCAUCUGAGAUGGACUAAUGCAAAGUGCAAAAGUGUUCUGUGGUCUGACGAGUCCACAUUUCAAAUUAUAUUUGGAAACAAAAAGGAAAAUAACCAUUCAGAUUGUUAUAGGCGCAAAGUUCAAAAGCCAGCAUCUGUGAUGGUAUGGGGGUGCAUUAGUGCCCAAGGCAUGAGUAACUUACACAUCUGUGAAGGCACCAUUAAUGCUGAAAGGUCCAUAAAGGUUUUGGAGCAACAUAUGUUGUCAUCCAAGCAACGUUAUCAUGCUUAUUUCAGCAAGACAAGUGUUAUAACAGCGUGGCGUCGUAAUAAAAGAGUGCGGGUACUUUCCUGGCCCGACUGCAGUGCAGACCUGUCUCCCAUCGAAAACGUGUGGCAUAUUAUGAAGCCUAAAAUACGACAGCGGAGACCCCGGACUGUUGAACGACUGAAGCUCUACAUAAAACUAGAAUGGGAAAGAAUUCCACUUUCAAAGCUUCAACAAUUAGUUUCCUCAGUUCCCAAACGUUUAUUGAGUAUUGUUAAAAGAAAAGGUGAUGUAACACAGUGGUGAACAUGCCCUUUCCCAACUACUUUGGCACGUGUUGCAGCCAUGAAAUUCUAAGUUAAUUAUUAUUGGCAAAAAAAACAAAAGUUUGAGUUUGAACAUCAAAUAUCUUGUCUUUGUAAUGCAUUCAAUUUAAUAUGGGUUGAAAAGUAUUUGCAAAUCAUUUUAUUCUGUUAAUAUUUACAUCUAACACAAUUACCCAACUCAUAUGGAAACAGGGUUUGUAAUAUAUAUAUGUAUAUAUAUAUAUAUAAAAUACAUAUAUAAGCAUACGUAAAUAGUUUCAUUUUAUUUGCAAGCUUUAUUUUUCUAUUUGUCAUUGUUUUGUUUUGUUUGAGGUGUCAACUGCUUUCCUAACAGAGGGGGCGCUGCAGGGGUGUCCAAACUUGGUGGGGGUGAGUGAUGCCACCUUUUGAUAUCAAGGCCGAUACUGCUUAUAGUCUGUUGAAUUUUGCGAAACAAACAUGAAACUGCUCGCUCGCCUCCGACAAAAUAACAAAGGUCGGAAAAAAACAACACGACAUCAAUAAUAAUAAUAAACAUGUUUCGAGAAAAUAAACUUAAGUCGUAAAGGAAAAAUGGAAACAUAAGAGUUUUUUUGCUUCGAAUUUUCUGAUACGUGAACUAUUGUAUCGCCAUGUGGCAUUUAUAAUAACCAAUAAUUGAUAUUCAACAAGAAAAUGUGUUACAAAAAAAUGUCUCAAAUAUAAUGAAGUAACAGGACUGAGUUGACAUUUUAUUUUAGUUAAAACAUACUUACUUUUUGUCAUCCUGUGACCAUGUGACUUGAAGAAAUAGUCCACAUAUUUCACAGAGGGUAAUAAUGAAUUGGGGUAACAGGACUGUUCAAAAACCCGUUGACUUUUGAAUAGUUUCUAUAAAAAAAAAAAAUGUUUCAAGAUAUUAAACUUAGAGAGAAAAAUGGAAACAUAAGAAUUGAUACAUUUUGCUCGUUGAAAGUCUCUCAAAAUACAACAACACAUACUUUAACAGACAAGUCUCCUAUAAACUCACCUGAGUAGCAGGACCGAAAGUAACAGGAGUGAGUUUUUUGCUUAGAAUCUGCAGAUACAUGAAGUAUUGUAUGGCCAUGUGGCAUUUAUAACAGCCGAUCAUUGAGAUUCAACAAGAAAAUGUAUUUAAAAAUGUCCCAAAAUAUUAUGAAUGCAACAUGACUGAGUUGACAUUUCAUUUUAGUUAAAAAUACUUACUUUUUGUCUUCUUGUGACCGUGUGACUUGAAAAAAUAAUCCACAUAUUUCACAGAGGGUAAUAAUAAUAAUAAUCAUCCAUCCAUUUCCUACCGCUUGUCCCCUUUGGGUUCCCAGGGGGUGCUGGAGCCUAUCUAAGUUGCAUUCAGGCAAAAGGCGGGGAAUAUUUCUCAUUUUGUUUGUAUAGGUGGUUGUGUUGUUGGCACAAACAACUAUGAUUGUUUUUGUACCGUCUUUUUCGGACUAUAAGCCGCUCCGGAGUAUACGUCGCACCGGCCGAAAAUGUAUAAUAAAGAAGGAAAACAACAUAUAAGAGUAUAAGUCGCAUUUUUAGGGGAAAUUUAUUUGAUAAAACCCAACACCAAGAAUAAACAUUUGAUAGGCAAUUCAAAAUAAAUAAAGAACAGUGAACAAAAGGCUGAAUAAGUGUACGUUAUAUGACGCAUAAAUAACCAACUGAGAAGGUGCCUGGUAUGUUAACGUAACAUAUUAUGGUAAGAGUCAUUCAAAUAACCAUAACAUAUAAAACAUGCUAUAUGUUUACCAAACAAUCUGUCACUCCUAAUUGCUAAAUCCCAUGAAAUCUUACACGUCUAGUCUCUUAUGUGAAUGAGCUAAAUAAUAUUAUUUGAUAUUUUACGAUAAUGUGUUAAAAAUUUCACACAUAAGUCGCUUCUGAGUAUAAGUCGCACCCCUGGCCAAACUAUGAAAAAAAACUGCGACUUAUACUCCGAAAAAUACGAUAAACAAUAAAUAAAUAUACCUGCUGCCGACUUAUUUAAACAUGCGUGUGCGCAAAUUCAUUUUUGAUUGAGCACGAGGUCUCAGACUCUUUUUUUUUUUUUUUAGGGGGCGUGCAGAAUAAUUUCAAGCAUGCUGACUCGUUUUGGUGCGCAAAUAUAUAUCGCUUUCUUUUUGCAAGAAUCUCUAUGUGCGCACACACUCCAGCACGCUGACUCAUUUUGCACGUGCAGACUCAUUCUAUGCACGCCAAGUCUGUAUAGUUGUGUGUUGAUUCAUUUUCAGACGGAAUUUUGCGUGCGUGCAUAGACUCGUCUUGAGCCCACAGGCUCAUUUGGAGUGCACAGAUUGAUUUUGCACAUUUUUUUUAAAGCAGAUUUCACCAAUGAAAAGCAGUUAUGUUGAAACACACAGAGGUGUUAUACCAGGGGUGUCAAACGUACGGCCAAACAGGUUUAUCCAGCCCGCGAGAAUGAGUUUGCUAAGUAUAAAAAUGUGCCAACAUUUUUGAAUGAAAGAAACUGCUGUUCUAAAUGUGUCCACUAGAUGUCGCAAUAGCAAUUAUUUGUAUCUUUGUAGAUGAUGCUACAUGUCAAAAAAAUAAACCACACGAUGUUAGUGCACCAGUCAAGGAAAAUGAGCAAACUGCACAUAUAUAUGUAGAUAUAUAUUAGAGAUGCGCAGAUAUGUAAUUAUAUCAUCCGCAACCGCAUCACUAAAGUUCUCAUCCACCCGCCAAUGCCAUCCACCGAAACCAACAUUUUAUCAAAACCGCAACCGCCCGCCACCCGCCCGUUGUUAUACAUCAGGGGUCGGCAACCUUUAUCACUCAAAGAGCUAUUUUGACCCGUUUCACAGAGUAAAGAAGACGAAGGGAGCCGCAACCAUUUUUUGCGAAUAUUUGCUGGUGUUCAUCCAAAUAACGAGAAUAAGGGCGUGCUAUGAAGCCAUUGCCUUUGACGCCUUCUACAAGUACAAACUGCUUGCCAGUCCAGCAACAUGUUGUAUGCAGCUUCCGCAGACACACGUACAAGAUUGAAAGGCAUACUGGGUGAUACAGAGUACACUGAUGGUUGUGAUAUAAACAACUUAAACACUCUUACUAAUAUGCGCCACACUGUGAAGCCACACCAAACAAGAAUGACAAACACAUUUCGGGGGGAUAUCCUCACAGUAACACAACAUAAACGCAACACAACAAAUACCCAGAAUCCUUUGCAUCCAUGACUAUUCCUGACUAUACCGACGCGGGGGCGGGGGGUUGGUGCUAGCGGGGUGUAUAACAUAGUCAGGGUUAGUCAUGGAUGCAAAGGAUUCUAGGUAUUUGUUGUGUUGCGUUUAUGUUGUGUUACUGUGAGGAUGUUCUCCCGAAUCUAUUUAAAAUCUAUUGUUUCGUCAUGUCACCCGCCCGACCCGCGGUUUAUCCGCGGACUCCGCGGAUGAGACCGCAAACCGCGUAUCUCUAAUAUAUAUGUAUAGCUCAGGUGGUAGAACCAGCAACUUGAGGGUUCCAGGUUGGAUCCCUGCUUCCACCAUCCUAGUCACUGCCGUUGUUACCCACCUGCUCCCAGUGUCACCCACACUGGUUUAAAUGUAACUUAAAUAUUGGGUUUCACUAUGUAAAGCGCUUUAUAAACAUAAUUCACUUCACACUUCACAUAAAUAACAUUGUGUAAUUGGAUUUUGAUAUUUUUUUUUUAUCUUGAUCGAUUGAAAAUCAACACCAGUUAGUCAACUGAUGAACAUUAUCAUACAAUAUAUUCAGAAAGUAUAAAUAACGACAAAUAAGGAUAGAAUAUAACCGCAACAUGUAAGUUUAAAAAAAUCGAAAAACUCAACAUUAUGAUUAGUACGUUUUUCAGAAUGUUCUUUUUUGUUUGGUCUAUUUUUAAACAAAGAAAACAAUCUGAAGUUGUCUUUAUUUUUAAGUUAUCGUGCCAGGAUUUUGCCAGUCCCGCCCAAUUGGGAGUAGAUUUUUCUCCAUGUGGCCCCCCAUCUAAAAUGAGUUUGACACCCCUUAAACGGUCGACAACGUCGUGCUUUUAGGACAACAGAUUGGCUCAGAACUGUUUGAGACAACAACACAACAGGUUGCCUCUGAUUGGCUCUGGCCAGGAGACGUUUGAAGCCACCAAUCAGGUCCCAGCAUGUAAAUGCAGUAUUGCUGCCAACUAAACAUCAAUAUUACAAAAAUGAUCAAAACAAAGCAAGCUAUGGACUGAAAGAAAAGCUUACGAACUACACUUUGGACACCCCUGCUAGACACAGUGAGACAUCCCUGCUAUUUUCUCCUAUCUUUGUAUCCAUCUGAGCUCCAUUCCAUUUGCCAACAUGUUUUUUAAAGUCCAAUGGCGGUCGCCAACAAAACAAGCGCUCCACUGCCAAACACUCACCGCACCAUGUGCCUAAUCGGGGGAGGGGGAGGGGGGCGGGGUUACUUGACCCUCCGGCCAUGUUUGAAACAAAACAAAUGUACAUUGAAUGUUCUAAUGCAUGCACUCUAAGGUGGUUUUGUAUUUGAAAAGAGAGAUUAGCUGUGUGUUGUGGACAAGAGCAUUCCUGUGUGUGUGUGUGUGUGUGAAUGUAUAUUUUUUUUCCAGCCGUAUUCAAGUCAUCAGCCUUGAGUGUUGUGUGAGAGUGUGUGUGUGUGUGUGUGUGUGUGUGUGUGUGUGUGUGUGUGUGUGUGUGAGAGUGUGUGAGAUGUUUUGUGCCAAGUCAUUCCUGUAGAGCAGGAGGGCCAACAUCAGCGUUGUGACUUAUUGCCUGUUGGCAUCAUACAAAUGACAUGAUGACUUACAACAACAGGGUGGGUUACCUGCAUCUCAAUAAAUGACAUCUUCUGAAAAUAGAGGAACUUUGUGUCUCCCUGAGAACCGGCGUCCUCUGCAGUGGACUUUGGGAGAGGGCGGCUUUUAAAAAAAAAAAAAAAGAAAAUAGACCAAAAACAAAUGUCCAAUACAGAGGACGCUGGUUGUCAGGGGGACAUAUUUCAAGAAUCAUUAAGUUGUUCCACUUAAUGUGUUAUAAAGUUAAUAUGAUUGGCUUUCUUUGCACAUGCCGGUCACAUUUUGCCAAAUUUAACGGUAAUAUUUACAGAACAAUGCAAAGUUUCAUUCUGACAAUAUGAGGCGUUUCCAAACACAAAAAUGGUCAUCGUUUCCAUGGUAACAACCUUAAACAGUUGCCACAAUGGCAGUAUUACACGAGGAGGGUCCAAUAUUUACCAUGUUCAGUGAAUGUAUCGUAAAAUGUGUCUUUUUUAUUUUCCAUGUCAAGUGCUUUUAAAUUAUAUUUUCAUAUGUGACGUGGAGAUUAAGUGUUUUGUAUCGGGUAACUGGGGGAGGGGGCGGGGCUUACUGUCUUUCUAUAUAAAAAUGAGAAGCUGCUUCAAUGUAAACAUAAAAUAAAAAUGAAAAUCAGGUGAAUAUGUUUCUUUAUUCAUAAAGAUCUGUUGACAGUCACACUUGUAUUUUCUCUCGCAGGCACACUCACUUGGGCUUUGUGAUUUGGUGUGCAAUACACAACACAGUCAGAAAGCACAUUGAUCGGUACACUUCAUUCAUUUGCAUGAAUAUGUCCAUAUGUGAUGCUUCCUUAAGCAUGACAACACACUCAUCCAUAUGUACAUUACAUUCAGAAUAAAGCCUUAUUUAGUGCAGAUAUAUUAGUUUUAACAGCACUAUGCUUUGGAAGCUACCGAGUCCCUUCUAACAAUACACACAAUUGUGCUCUUUCUCCAUAUUGACGUGCGUCGGCGACCAAUGGUGCAGCAAAGAUGAGCGAUAAAAGGAAUAAAACAGGAAGCAGAUUUACUCGUAGACAAAGUUGCUCGCCACGCUUUUUGAACCUGCAAAAGUGCCGAUGAUUGUACACGGAAUGCACCACGUAGUUGACCACACUUUGGGGGCGAGGGGGGUGGGGGGUUGGUCACUCAAUCUGAUCGAAGUUAAGCACAUGUCCGUCAAAGUGCGUGAGGACGUGUCUUUCGAAGAGACGCUGCUGGCAGUCGAGGGGGAACUGCUCGGAGCAGACGGGACAAACCUUCCAGUGAGACUCCACGUGCUGCUCAAAGCUGCGCUG